AUGAUUAAGGUAAAGGUCGAGUUUCUCGGUGGGCUAGACGUCAUAUCCAAUGGUAUUCGUGAGCACAAAGUCACGCUUGAUGGCGAAGAGGGUGAUGUCCUCAUGGGGGAUUUGAUCAAGCACGUCACGGCCACUAUUGUGUGCGACCCGAAAGACAUCCCAGUUUUCAUUGAGGAAGACACUGUCCGCCCUGGGAUAUUGGUGCUAAUCAACGAUACGGAUUGGGAGCUAGAGGGUAUGGAAGAUUAUGUUGUUGAGGCAGGUGACGUUUUUACUUUCACGUCGACCUUGCAUGGAGGUUAA